CUUUGCUAACAUCACGAUUUCGUCACACCCUGCUUUCUAACAAGGGUGAAUAAUUGUUAAACUCAAUGUGAGACAUUCUUAUGGCACCACUCCUUGGGGUAACAGGUAAAGCCCACCCCAGCGGAUAACGCCUGUGAAGAUUUCCCAGCACCCACGGCCUGAAAGUAUCUGAAGAUGGACUUCGAAUUCAUUGGACUCGUGAUACUACUCCUUCUUGGAUACGUCAUGCCCAUUAUUUUUGGAGUUAUAGGGACCAUGCACCUGAAUGACUGCCCCCAGCAGCCCUACAUCCCCCUCUACCUGGGCGUCGGUGGGCUGGUCAUGGUGCUCGCCCAGGUGCCGUAUCUCUCCUGCAGCGAGCGACGUGUGGAAGGGAAACCAGCGCUCCGCACCCUGCUCACUGUCUGCAAAGUCCUGCUCUUCCUCGUCCUGAUCGGCUGGUUUCUGGCGGGAAGCGUGUGGAUCUAUUCUAUAUAUCCCCCAAACUACGACCCUAGUGCAAAAGUGUACUGUGCAAAAACGCUGUACCUGCUUGCUUUCUGGCUUACGAAUCUGUGCUACAUCUGCAUCGGGCUGGGUCUGGUUGGCUGGUUCUACUGUUACCUGAGGAGUGACCACGACAUGAACAUCUGCUCCUUCUUCAGAUCCCGCCUGUACACCCCUCUGAGCUGAUCUAACCUAACGCAUGCUCUUGCUGUGUUGCCGGGCCGUUCGGUAACAUUGCUGAGAGGUUACGGCUGCGUUAUGGGAACGUUCCACGCCAGCUAGGCUGCUUCCAGCUGCAGACUGCAUCCAAAGGGGCUGUGCUUUGUAGACUCUGGUAGACUCUGUUGUGUGUUACCUCCACCAUGGACUGUGACCUCUUUUGUAAGGCAAAGGCUUUCCUCAGUAAACCGCAGACCUGGGCCUACUGACUGGCUUAGACAGUCAAGGCACUUGUUCCAAGUGCAGGCUGAGCCCUAUAGGCUGGGCCCGGAUCCGUGCCACUCACCAACAAUGACCCUGCACACAUUAUGGCAGAUUAUUCACUUCAUGGAGGCCUAAUGUACGAUUGCCAAUUAGAAAAUUUGAAUUUGAAAUAUGAAGAAAUAACCCUUGGCCCUGACUCAUACAAACUGUGUACAGAAUUAUGUCACUCUGGCUUAUUCCCUUUUCAUAACAAAUACGGCAGGAUAGAACUGUGUAACAAUAGUGCCACAUCUGAGGAUCACACUAAUGAAGCUUGCAUUUUACCUAACCAUUAUGCAAAGAGACAGAAACUCAAUAAAAGCAAUCAC